GGACACAGAGAAAUGACGUUGUAAAUGUUAACUGGAUGCGCGGAGAACCGUGGGAACCUCGCCUGAGUAUAAAUGAUUCCAUCCUACACUUGACUGGAGUCAGUUGAGGGUGCCUAGAGAGAGCACAGCUGUCGCUCCCCACUGAGGUUUGGUGUUUCCUGUGAACUUCUAUCACUGGAUCUCGAUAGUCACUUGACCGGAGGUGCUGAGCAGCGCGCUUGCAGAAUGCGCGCCCGGCCAGAAGCCAACAUCUGUACCGGGAAUGGAAGCGAGCGAGGGCGCGCGGAAUUUUUUAUUUUUCCUCUGAGGACUGUUGACGAAAUACUUUUCUUUUGAGACAAUUAUUUGUCCAUAAGCGCUUUAUGAUAUUAAAAUACUGCUGUUAAAAAUACAAGCACACAGAUGAAGAAGUCUAAGAGGAUUUGGGACUGACUUGAGCCGACCAGCCAGAAAGCGAUUAUAUUGUUCUAAUCAAGUCUAAAGAAAUGCUUAUUCGUUGUCACAUUUGUUAGCACUUCUUGGCGAAGCUGUUGGGCGGUCACCGAACACAAUCCACGCCUGCGGGUGUCCUGCGCUAAAGGUGUCCCGUCUGGGUGUCACCACACGCGCGUAACGGGAUGCGCUCCGUGGAUUAGAGAUGUGCAAGCACCACUGAUAAUACGCAGCGUUCGGAUCAGCGAUGGUGCGCGGAGUGCAGAGUCUGAGCACUGAAUGUGGAUGUAUUCAGUCCUAAAGUUGCCAAAGAACGUUAAAGAAAAAUCCCAAGAUGGCAAAGCUCCUUCGGCUGACACUGGUGUUAUACGUGCAGAUGGUGGCUUGCAGGGCUGACCAGGGCCUGGUGGAAGGUGUGGUGGAAUGGAGCCAGACCCAGGAGCGGGGGAGUGUGUCCUCUCAGGAACCCCCAUCAGCAGCCCUGAAGCCUGGCUCUUUACGGCUCUUUGCCCAGCCACCCCCUCACGACGAGCCCAGCCCAAACGAGACGCGGCUGGAGGAGAGCCCCCAAGAGCUCUGGGCGUGGCUGUACAACCUCACGGGCACAGACGAAACCCUGGCGCGUUCCAAGCGGCGCCCCAUCGUCAAGACGGGCAAGUUCAAGAAGAUGUUUGGCUGGGGCGACUUCCACUCCAACAUCAAGACAGUCAAGCUCAACCUGCUCAUCACCGGCAAGAUCGUCGACCACGGCAACGGCACCUUCAGCGUCUACUUCCGCCACAACUCCACGGGGCUGGGCAACGUGUCAAUCAGCCUGGUUCCGCCCAACAAGGCUGUGGAGUUCCAGAGCCAGCUGCGCGAGCUCGCUGCCAUGGAGACGCAGGACUCCAUGGCCAAGGGUUUCAACUGCCGCAUCGAGUACGAGAAGUCGGACCACAGCAAGCGCACGUCGCGGUGCAGCACCGACCCGUCCAGGGUCUGCUACCAAGAGCAGACGCAAAGCCACCUCUCCUGGCUUUGCUCGAAGCCCUUCAAGGUCAUCUGCAUCUACAUCGACUUCUCCAGCGAAGACUACCGGCUGGUGCAGAAAGUCUGCCCGGACUACAACUACCACAGCGACACGCCCUACACCUCCAUGGGGUAGUGGCCCCGUCCCCGGCAUGCCCCGCCCCAUCCUGUGGCGUCUCGGCCUCCCCUUCACCUUGCCCCUCUGCAUGCCUCCAGAGGAGGCCCUUGGGGGUCCCACUAACUCAGAACUCCAAUUAGACCCCUCUCCUCUUAGACCUUUAGCCCUUAUGAUGUGAUCACAGCCAGGCUCUGUUCCCAUGUUUUUGUCCAGCAGUUGUCGCUGGUGUCUCUAUGCCACGUUUCAGGUUUUGUACCGCCAACCCUGUAAAAUCUCCUGUCUUGUGUAUUUUUUUCUCUCUACUGGAAGUAAACUAAGCCUGUGGUCAGAACUAGUGAUUCAUGUUGCCAGUGUAUUUGUACUAAUUUUUCUGAAGUGUUAAGCACCAGUGAUUGUAUAAGAAUGAGAAGUGCUGAGGAUGAGAAGUACUGACUGUGAUUCAUUCUUAUUUUAUCCUAGUCAUGCUGUGCCCUUCCUCACUAUUAAACAAUACAAAACUUGACACAGACAUCAAGACCAAGGGGUCAAGUUAUUCCUACAUUCACGUGGCUUGCAUUGAAUGAAUAUUGUACAAAUUCCAGGCUAAGCUAUGUCAGAAACUUUAAUUACAAUAAAACGUUGACAAACCCAUUUAUGUUUGGCUUGGAGCACCGGUGAGCCAAUGACUGCUGGAAAUUGGUCAGAAAAAAAGGGUUUGUUUUUGUCUCUGA